AUGGAUCAAUUGCAAGGAGAUGGAGUGUUUUCCAAGAUCGAUUUGAGAUCCGGUAACCAUCAAAUAAGCGUGAAAGAGGAUGAUAUCCCUAAGACUGCGUUUAGAACACGCUAUGGACACUACGAGUUUGCGGUGUUUCGUCCCUUUUUGGACAAAUUCGUGGUGGUUUUCAUAGAUGACAUCUUGGUUUACUCUAAGACGGUAAAGGAGCAUGAGGAACACUUGAGGGUUGUGCUACAAAUCCUAAAGGAGCAAAAGUUGUACGCUAAGUUGUCGAAGUGUGAGUUUUGGAAGGAGGAAGUGAAGUUCUUAGAUCAUGUGGUGAGUAAAGGAGGACUAGCCGUAGACCCUUCGAAGGUAGAAGCGGUGAUGGAAUGGGAAAGACCGACAACCGUGACGGAAGUGAUAAGCUUCUUAGGUUUAGUUGGAUAUUACCGGAGAUUUAUCGAAGGAUUCUCCUGGAUUGCGCUACCGAUGAUGAAAUUAACAAGGAAAGAAGUGCCAUUUGUGUGGACGUCGGAGUGUGAAGAGAGUUUUCAGACUUUGAAGCAGAAGUUAACUUUAGCACCUGUUUUAAUCCUACUGGAACCGCACGAACCGUUUGAAGCGAAUGUGGUAGCAGACGCUUUGGGUCGGAAAUCUUUAACAAUUGCUUGGAUGAGAAUCAAGGAGGAGGAGUUAGUGGAUAAGUUUGUGAAUCUUAAGCUGGAUAUCGGUGAAGUUGCCGGAAGAGCUUGUUUGAACUAG